AGAUGGCAUAACUGGAGAUGUGUGUCCGAUUGGUCAUUACUGUCCUGAGGGAAGCACCAGAGAGAUCCCAUGUACCAACGCCACCUAUAUGAACCACACUGGGGCAUCAGAGUGUUAUGACUGCCCAGCAGGGUUCUAUUGUACCAGUGGUGAUACAGCUGACCCCUGCCCAAGGGGAUAUUUCUGCCCACCAAGGACUGGAAUCACCCUACAGGCCUGCCCAGCAGGAACCUAUGGGGCAUCAUUAUCACUAACAGACUCAAGUGAAUGCACUGCAUGUACUGGAGGGAUGUACUGUGCUACAAGCGGCCUAGCCUAUCCUACAGGAUCUUGUUCAGCUGGGUUCUAUUGUACAGAGGGUGUAGAUGUUAGUAGUCCAGAUACUGGGGUGACCUUCACUGGGACUGGAGGCCCCUGUCCACCUGGCUAUGAAUGCCCAAUGAACACGACAGCCCCUGUGCCUUGUCUCUCUGGAAUGUACUCCCCUAAUAGUCACAUGGCAGCCUGCUUAGCUUGCCCUGUAGGCUUCUACUGUGAGAAUACAACAGUUGUACCUAUUGCAUGUCCUUAUGGGCAUUAUUGCCCAGAGGGAACCCAAUUCGCCACUCAGAAUGCUUGCCCAGAGGGAACAUACAACAAUGGAACAGGUGGUGGGAACCUUACAGCAUGUCAAGAGUGCCCUCCUAGUUACUACUGCGAGAAUACUGGCAAUGUUCUACCCCAAGGAUUAUGUGAUCAAGGCUUCUACUGUGCAGCUGGCUCUUCAUCUAGUAGACCAUUCAACAAUGGUAACCUGGUGAAUAUUAAUGGCACCAAUGUUGGCUUAAACUCCACCGAUCUUUGUACACCACUAUGGGAUUGUGUCUGCCCAGCAUUCACUAUGACCACAGGAGGUAUGUGUCCCAGAGGGCAUUACUGUCCCCCAGGAUCCCCCAAUCCAGUACCCUGUGAUGGUGGUCAGUAUUGUGACAAAGUUGGCCUGAGUCAACCAACAGGAAACUGUAGCGCAGGAUUCUAUUGCAAUGGCACAAGUGAUGUACCUGAUCAACAUGAGUGUCCCGAGGGUCAUUAUUGCCCCGUAGGAUCUCCACUUCCUGUUGCCUGCCCCCCAGGAACCUACAUCAACUCCACACAUAAUGAUGAUGAAACAGACUGUGUUAACUGUACAGGCGGAAUGUACUGUAUGGGUAGUGGUAAUGUUAAACCAGAUGCUCCGUGUCUCCAAGGCUACUAUUGUCCCGGGGGUCAGGCUGCUGAUUCCGCCCCAGAGCUUUUAUGCUGGAUAGGUCACUAUUGUGAGGAGGGUACAGUUCUGCCUGUAGCAUGCCCCAAUGGAACAUUCCAGCCCAAUUCAGGCAAUAGUGAUUGUGUACUAUGUUCCCCAGGCUACUAUUGUGACUCAAACAAUGCCAAUGUUACAUAUGUCGGAGGUACCCCUGUGGUUAACCCUACAGUAUGUCCUGUGGGUCACUACUGUCCCUCAGGGAGUAUCCUACCAACGCCUUGCCCCGCAGGAACAUAUGGACCCUCAACCCUCUUCCAGACAGAGCAAGAUUGCCCCAAUUGUACUGCUGGCAUGAGCUGUGAGACUGAUGGUCUGGAAGCUCCUACUACAACGUGCCAUGGUGGACACUACUGCACCAGUGGGGCAUUUUCUAGAACUCCUCGCAACCACAAUGUUGAUCCUGGUAGUUUAGUAUUCACUGGGAAUGAUGUGUGCCCAACAGGCUAUUUCUGCCCCAAUGGCACAGGAUACCCUCUGCCAUGCCCAACAGGAACAUACUCUGAGGUAGAAGAACUUGCAGCAGAGGCUGAAUGCCAGCCAUGCCUGGGAGGAAGAUACUGCAAUGUAACAGCCUACACAACACCUAAUGAUGCCCCCUUGUGUUCCCCAGGAUAUGUCUGCUCAAGUGGAAGCAAUACUCCCACACCAUCGGCUCCCAUGGGAUACAUCUGUCCCCCAGGCUUCUAUUGCCCUGAGGGUAGUGCUGUUGAGACUGGCUGUGACAUAGGCUACUUCAAUCCUGACUUUGGAAAGGACGCCUGCACUAUAUGUCCUGCAGGUUACAUGUGUGAUACAACUAACAUGACAACACCCAGUGAUUGCAAGAGAGGUCACUACUGUCCAACUGGCGUGCCGCCACGACCUUGUCCACCGGGGACAUUUAACAACCAGACUGGAUUGGACAACGAGCAACAAUGUACUGACUGUACAGUAGGCCAGUACUGCCAGGGAUGGGGCAAUGAGGUUCCCACUGGUCCAUGUCAAGAAGGUUUCUGGUGUGAAGGAGGGGCUGCCUCACGGGUGCCUAACAUCACCAAUGAUUACCCUAACAAUGGCCCAUGCCCUGUUGGACACUACUGCCCUGAGGGAACACCCACCCCAAUUCAGUGCCCUGCUGGAACACUGCGCAAUGUCACAGGUGGCGCUGCAUUGGAGGACUGUCUACCUUGUACUGGGGGCUCUUACUGUGAAACAUCAGGCCUGAGCCAACCUACAGGUCUCUGCCAGAGGGGCUACUACUGUCCCUCUAACCAUUCUACCACUACUAAGACUCCCACAGAGCUACCUUGCACCCCAGGUCAUUACUGCCCUGAGGGGUCUUCAGAGCCGCUGGGUUGCCCUGGGGGUGAGAGCCAGCCUAACCAGGGACAGUGGGAAUGUAUAAAGUGUCCUGCUGGGUACUAUUGUGUUGAUUCUCUGACACCUGACCCCAAGGAUUGCCCGCCUUACAAAUACUGUCCUGAAGGUACGAAGGACCCAUUGCUGUGCCCUAAUGGUACCUAUACACUGAAUGAUACUACAAACCUGCAGGGACCAGAUGAGUGCCUGCCUUGUCCUGCAGGAGUUUACUGCAGGGGAGGAGAGAUCCAGGGACCAUGUGCUGCUGGCUAUUGGUGUGCUGCAGGUUCAGAGGAUUAUACCCCUAGUGGUGCUCCACCCCCUAACCCCUGUCCUUCAAACCAAGUAUGCGCAGGACCCUGUCCCCCAGGAUUCUGGUGUUACAUCAACACAGUCACCCCCACACCCUGCCCAGAGCACACACUCAGGGACACAAUGGGAGGGAACCAGCUAUCAGAUUGUGGACCUUGUCCAGCUGGCUCCUGGUGUCAUGAAGGAGACCCAGUCCCCCAGCCAUGUCCCCCAGGCCACUACUGUCUGACCAGUGUAGGCCCCACCGAGUGCCCUAGACUUACAUAUAGAGAUACUGAGGGUGCAGCUAACAUCUCAGAGUGCCAUGCUUGUCCUGCUGGAUUCUGGUGCAACCAGACUGGUAUGACGAACUACACAAACCAUCUGUGCCCAGUAGGCAUGUAUUGUGAUGAGGGUCAAGAGCCAUCAUUGUGCCCUGCAGGCAGGAUGAGACCAAACCAGGGGGCUGGAUCAUGGGUAGAAUGUGAACCCUGUAGGGAUGGUUUCUAUUGUCCAAAUGACACAAUCAACACUCAGGGUAUCCCCUGUCCAGCUACGUUCAUGUGCCCUCAUUAUUACGAUGUGAACAGCAUUGAAUGGGGUGCAUCAGCCCCGAUAGAAUGCCCAGGAGGUUACUUUUGCCCAAACAAAACUGGAGACCCUCUAUUAUGCCCCGGAGGCUACUAUUGCCCUAACGCAACUGAUGUACCAUAUUUGUGUAAUUUCUCCUAUUAUUGUCCAAAUGGGACAGAGACGCCACAGAAGUGUCCAUUAGGUAAUCGUGCCCUUGAUCAUCCUGGACUUAGGUGGAUGUACCAAGAAUCAUGUGAGCUCUGCCCUGGAGGAACAUACGGAAAUCACUCUGAGAGACUGGUGUGUAAUCAGUGCCCAGGAGGCUAUUACUGUCCAGAGGGGACUGGAAAUGGAGAUUCAUACACGUGUCCUAAUGGCUCCUAUUGUCCGCCUGGGUCAUCACAACCCUCGCCCUGUCCAUUGGGUUACUAUGGCAACAGAGAGCGUGCAGAAGUAUUCACAGACUGCGCUGAAUGUCCUGAAAAUACAUUUAACAAUCUAUUGGGCCAGGUGGCUUGUAGACCAUGUGGUAGUUCCUCAACAUCAAUCCCUGGCCAAGCCAAGUGUACAUGCACUGGCAAUUAUCGAACUUUCCAAACAUCUGAUGGUGUAUGUCAAUGUAUGUCGGGUUAUAUCUACUAUGAUGAGACAGACACCUCUAUAGCUGAGGGCAAUGGUGACCAGGACUGUCAGCCAAUCGUUGACACACGUUGCAGCUACCAUCAGGCCAGAGAUGUCGCCACAAGAGAGUGCAUCUAUCCAGAACAGAGAGACUGUUUCGCUAAAUGUGGAGAUAAUGGAGGUGUGUUUGCAACUGAGACUGGAAGUUGUGUAUGCAACACAUAUGUGGACCCUGAUGCUCUAUGUGACUCUAACUGCAUCCAGCAGGCACCAAAUAUCUACUUUAAGCUGAACUCUGAUGGAUCCAAGUCUACCAUUGUAGUAGAUCCUGUUAGUGGAAAUGUCACUGAAACAAAAUGUGCUGGUGUUUAUGGGCCAUUAGAGCAUGCUGAAGGUGCUAAAACCAUUCAUGUGGUAAGCCAUUGGGAGGAUAGGCUCACCAGCUCUAUUUACACAGAACCCCUGCAGCCAGAGACUCUUUGUAGUGAACCUCUGAAUGAGAUGGUUACUGGUGUGUUUGUCAAUGGUAGUGUUGCCACAAGACGUCGUCUGCUACAAGCAGCUGUAACGAAUCCAGUUGCCACUGAUGGUGUCCCAGAAAUCCCCAAUCCUCUCAUCUGUGUACAACUAGAUGAGAUGGUCAUGUUCCGUAUAUGGGUGAACACAAGCGAUCGCGCCUACAGCCAUUAUCCAGUUUAUGUUAAGGAUCACUUGUACAAUACUAAUGCAGAUUUUGAUUUCGGACCAUUCACCCGAUUGGCUUACUUCAUCACGCAGACCAAUGUCAGUUACUCCGCAUUUGCGCAUCUGUUUGAGGAGGCAGGAAAUUAUGUUUUCAAAGACUCCAUGGUGCCUGAUAGGGAGGUGAUCAUUACUGUCAAAGGAGUUGGGAACAGUUGUCCAACAGGAGUCUCCAGAGUUCAGUCCUCAUCUCCAACAAACCUUGCCACAUUAGGUAUUGCUAAGGGCACGGCUAAGAAUGAAGAGCCUGAUUGGGGCCUUAUCAUAGGACUUUUGGCAUUCUUGGCUGCCUGUAUUCUAAUGCUGGUGGUAGCAGUGAUUGUUUGGCGUCCUCGUGAUGCAGGAAUAUAUCCCAUGAAGCAUUGGAAACCUAAGUAUCGCAGUCUGGGAGCACCUCCGCCUGUUCCCCAUUACAUGCUGUAUGACGUCGACCACUGGCCAGGCCAUGAGGAUCCAAACCACAUGCAUGGACCAGAGGCUCGUAUAGCAGGAGAUGGCGCGGAGGCUGGCCUCCUUGCUGCUCCAGGGUCAGGCAUGAUAUGGAAAGAUAAUGGAGAACUAGAAAACUUUAAUGUACGUGUCUUAUAUGACAAACUCGAGGACCAGAACCUGUAUAUGGCUGCUCAGUUGGCACGACAACAAGAUGAUCUUCGGGGAUUCUAUGAGCGCAUUAGCAACCAAAAUGAAGACCUGAAACGCAUGUUGAACAACCUUGACCUACAUAAGCUGGAGGAGGCAGAGAGACAGAGGCAACAAGAGGGAGGUGUAGAGAGGGAGAACAUCCAGACAGCAUCUGCACAGGGACCCACCAUUGUGAAUGCUAAUGUCACUAUGGGAGGGCCUGGCACUGGUGAACAAAAGGAAUACAAAUUCAUGUCAGGUAUGAAUGACCGUGAGAAAGAACUGAUGUUAGCCCUACAGAUGAUGCUAGAUAAACUUGCAUCUGGCAAUAUACCAAUCACAGCCGAAAUGAUUGAGCAUGCGCGACAGACAGGUGGCGCUACCAGUACCAGCUCUGGCGGCCCACAAAGGGUUAAGGGUCAGAGUGAGUUGCUACGAAAACAUAACGCAGAGAAGCUGAAACUGGAACGUGAGCUAGAGGAUGAGGAGUCAAGAGCACUUGAUUCUCUCUUAAUUGAACACGACACUAAGAGACAGGAAGAGCUGGAGGAACUUGGACGUAAACUGGCGUUUGAACUUCAAGGUGUGAGUGAUGCUGAUGCGGCAGAUAUCAUCCAAGCUCAUGAAGAGGAAGUAGAACGUUUGUUGAAGACUCUAGAUGGCCAGAGAGAUCUCCAAGCUGAAGCCCUACGUCAGAAACUUGCUGCCAGGCGAAGACAGAAAGAAUCUAAACUGCAUGAGAAACACAUAUCUGAGACAAACCAAGCUGGUCUUCCACCCCCAACCCAAGCAAUAGAUGUCACUGAUGACCGUCUAAGACGUGAGGAGCUCAAACUCCACACACUCCACACAGAAGAAAAUACAGGACUCUCAAAUGCUGAAGCUGAGGUUAAUGAUCAAUAUGCAGAGGAAAAACACAAACGUAUGACAGACACACUAAAAGAACACAUUGAGGCUCUUGUCCAAGAUGGCAUCCUCUCGGAAGAAGAGAAGAAUGAACUGAUCAGACUUGAGAUGGAGAGAGCUGCCAAGUUACGGAACCAGAUGACCAAGAGACGUGAACAGCAGCUGGCCAAAGUGAGGCAAAGGAUGCAGAAUCGUAGGUCACGACGUAAUGAUGAAAUGAAACAUGAACAUGAGAAAGCCAAGCGUGAGCUGUCCACUAAGCUGAUCCAAGAAGGCAAACAUGAGGAACUUGAACAACGCCUGGCAGAGAUGGACAGACUCCACCAGGCUGAACGUGAGGCCCUAAAUGCUGAGAUUGAUGAAGAAGAACAAGAGGAGAUCAAACACAUUGUACAGAGCAAUAACAAGGAACACACUGAUGCUCUAAAAGAGACUCAUAAACAGCUCCUGGCUGAGCUUCCAAAUCAACACUCAGGAGUUGAUGCUGUCCUACAACAAAAGCUCCUGGAGAUGUACCGCAAGGAUGUGGACAACUUGAACUCAGAGUUGGAGAGCCAGAAAGAUCGCCAACUGAAUGAUAUGAAAGCAAAAUUGGCUGCAAGGAAGGCAAGGAAACUGAAAGAGAUUCAGAGACUGCAAGAGGAAGAAGCUGCAAAGAGGUUUGUCAGUGAGCAAGAGAAGCAGAUGAAGCAAGUCGUAGCAGCCAAGGCAAGUGAAGAUGAUAUGUUAAGGCUACCAGAAGUCCACAUUGGUGAAUCUAUAGAGGAACAGGCACUCAGAAAGGAACAGGAGAGAGCCAGAGAGGAAAUGCGAGAAAGACAUGAGCAUGAACGUGAGGACCUGGGUACGAAACUUGAGCAAUCAGCCAGACAGGGUGAACAAGACACUUUGAGGAAUCUGGAGAAUGAAAAGGAGAAAAUACUGAGAGAAAAGAAAAAUAAGCAAGCUGCAGAGCUAGCAGCCAGGACUGAUCUAUCAGAGGAAGAAAUGGCAGCUCUGAUUGCCCAACAUGAACAUGACCUUGAAGAACUUGCUGACAAGCUAGACUCGGAGAAACGUCGUCAACAGGCAGCGCUCCGUGACAGACUUGCCGAUCGUAAAGCAAGAAAAAUGGCAGAACUGCGCCGUAAACAAGAAGGUCAGCUGACCAAGGAAAUGAUUGAACAGAAGAAGGAACUGGAUGAAGUGAAGACUGAGAAAUCUAAGGAGGCAGAACAGAAGGCUAUGGUUGAGGGUGUACAAGAGAAUGGUAUAGAAGACAGUGAUAAGGUUGUCAAAGCCUGUCUUGCUGCUAGACAUGCAAGGGAAUUGUCUGACCUGGACACCCAGUUUGCUGGUGAGAAGAAGCUGAUGGUUGAUGAUGCUUUGGGCAAGCUAGAGGAACAGCAGGAGAGAGUACGUGAAGACAUGCAGAACAGACACGAGAGAGAGCUUGCUGACCUCAUGCAAGAAGACCUGAGCCCCGAUGAGCUCCAACAGAAACGUGCUGAGCUACUGAACAGACAACAACUGGAGAUGUCCCAACUAGACAAGAAGCAUGCCAAUGAACAGAAGGAGAUUAAGAAGGGAGCCCUAGCUGAGUGGGAGGUCAGAUAUGCCAGAGCCAAGCUUGACAUGAAGGAAAGACACUACAAGGAAUUUGCUGAUGCUCUGAGGGAGUUUGACCCUAACCAUGCUAGUGCCAAGCAAGCAGAUAUGGCCAUUGAGGAAUUAGAAGAGGUCAAGAAGAAGCUGGAUGCUCAGGCAAAAGAACAACAGGAGAAACUCAAGAAAGAACGAGAAGCGUUUGAAGCAGAAGAGAAGAAGCGUUUGGCCAAUGAACUAAUGGGUUUUGAGAAGCAGUUAGAGGCUGAAACUGAGAGAGAGAAGGAGCGCCACCAACGUAAUAUAGAGGCACUUAAUAAACGCAAGGAGGAAAUGAUGGCAGAGAAGAAACAAAAGACAAAGGAAGAGAUGGAGCGUCUGCAAUCUCAGGGUGCAAGUCAGGAGGAGCAAGACCGUCUCCUUGAGGAACAUCAGCGUGACAUGCAGAACCUCAUGAACAAGAUGGAUGCUGACAAGCUUCGAGCUCAGAGUAACUUACAAGAAAAGCUGAAGAAACGUCGCGAGGAGAAGUUUAAGGCUAAACAAGCUAAACUUGUGAACCAGAGUGCUGAGAAUAAGAAGGAGUUUGAAGAGAAACAGAAGUCUGAAGCUGACAGACUGAAGGCAGAUGAGGCCUUAACUCUGAAGGAAAGCGUCAAUAUUGACAAGAUGUUAACAAAAGAUGGCGAUGAUAUCAGUUUAAGUGGUGAUGUCAUGACCAAUUUACCCGCAGCAGGAACUUCCCAGGGAGCACUUCCUGCCAGUUUCACAAUGGCCGCCCCAAUGAAUGACAGCGAGCUUACAGCACUGUUGAUGCAGAGCCCUCUAUAUCAGAAACUUGAACAGAUUAAAAAAGCUGCAAGUGGAGGUGGUGUAAGAUCUGGCCACAAGAUGGCACCAGGGGAAGGCUACAUUGACGAGAAAGAUGCAGCAUGGUCCGGUGACAGCGAACUCAACCCUGUCGAUCUCAACAAGCUGUCAGCUCGGUCAUUCGUUGUUUACAAGUUUGGUUGUUUCAUCACUGAUCUUGUUGCCCAACAUUGCCAACAUCUCCCCGUGACUUUGCUCCUUGCCGAUAAAAUACCAGCCAAUAAGAAUCUGGCCCAUAAUGCCUACAGGAAUUCAUUCCAUUAUGACGCUAAUAACAGGAUUGUGUAUAUAAGGUCUGCUCGGCUUGAUAAUGUGGGAGAAUUCACUCUAAUCCUUGUACAUGCCUUGGCACACAUAAAAGCAGGUGACUUGAGGGAUGACAGCAACCCUGAGUUUGCUAGAGAGUUCUAUAGAGCUCUAUCAGUAGUAUGUGACGAUCUCUUCUUUGCCCGAUAUCGUCGUUCCUCACCCAUCACUAAAACCCUUGCUGGAACUGAAGACAACGCAAGCCUUGAGAGAGCCUCGAACACUCUCCUUAAUGCCUUAUUUGGUGAAUGUGAUAACGAGACUGAGAAAAACAAAAUGGUGGAUGAUCUGCUGGAUGUGAAAUUGCAAGAUGGAACAAAUAAAGAUGGCGUUUGCUUCAAUGCCGAUAGGAUGAAAGAAAGAAUGACAAAAUAUACCAAAUAUGGGGUGAGCAGCAAAUUACGGGAACAGCUUGGAGAUGUAGAAAACAAGAUGGCUGCAGCUAAAGCAAAUGGCAGCCAACAGCAUGUAGACUCCACACUUGAUCAACAUGGAGUGACUGCCCUUACAACGGGUAACUCUCUCCUGACACGCAAGCUGACUGACUCUACAAUGGCGAAUAUGACUGGUACUGCCCUCUGGCAGACAUUCCUGAAUAAAUCAGACACAUCAUCAACUAAACAGAGCAAGAAACACAAAGAUAGAGACAUACACAAACAGCAUCUCAAGAACCAAGUGGCUGAUCUGAUGGAACAAAUAGAUGCUUUGAACGCAGAUUUCUCACAACAAGCCAAACAACAUGGCGAACUGGAAGAAUCUAUACAAUCACUAGAGCAGGAAGUUGCAGCACAGACUGAUAUUGUCAACAAAUCCAAAACGGCAGACAAGAGACACACAGACAGUGUGAUGCUUUUGAAAGACACUACUGUAAAACUAAGCAGCGCUCGACAACGCUUGGUUACAAUACACACAAAGAAAGCUGCAACUUCGGAAAAAUUGGAGAAAGUUCAGUUGGAACUGGAUGCAAAGAAAAGUGAAGUUGGAGAAAAUUAAUACAAAUGAUAACAGCAGGAAUAAACAGGACUUCUCCAUUUAAGGACCAACUUAAGACAAUGACUAAACUGUCAAAGGAGAAAAAAGAAAAAAAACAAUUUAUGAAGAAUAUUGAUUUGAUUAUCAAUACACAUUUGUAACUCUUGAUGAAAUUUGAUAAUAUGAUAAUAAGAGAAGUUUACAUAAUUAAACAAAAAUAUUAUUUUCAGAAAGAUAUGAAAUGAUAAGAUGUUAUACAAGUAGAUACCAAUUUAGGUUAUGUAUGUACAGUAUUUGUGAAACCAGCCUGUAUGAUGUUUCAAUCCAUUGUGAUGUAGAGAAGCAAAACCAAAGAACUUGUAUGCUUUAAUAUUGAAUCUAAUCCGUCCAUAACAUAUUAAUAUGUUGAUAUUCAUGAAAUGGGAAUGAAUGAUAUAUUAUACUAUAUAUUUGAAAAACCGUCCAUGUAUCUACAUAAUUCAUAUUUUAUCCAAAGUAUUUAUUAUGUUAAUAAAAAUAUAUAAUAAUUAUUAUCAUAUUAUUAUCUAAUACAAGAUAUUUUUGUAACUUCCAUUUUAAAGGCAUUGUAUUAAUUUUAUACAAAUUGUAAUUUUAUACAAAUGUAGUCUAGUGACGUUCUUGAAAUGCAUACAUAAUUUUUUGAUAGAUUUCCAUUAUAUUGUAUAUAUUUGCUAUUGUGAAUAUGCAAACUUGCCUCAAAGUUAAGUUAUUUUACAAAUGUAGGUGUCCCUACUCCGUUACACUUUCAUGAAUUGUAUGUAAACUUUUUCAAAUCCGUCCAGUUUGUCAUCUUCAAUGUCAGUAUUUUGUCACAUGAAUAUACACAUACAUGUAGCUCUACUCUUAGAAUAGUCAUAAUCGUUGAAUGUAUAAUUUGUAACGCAGUUAGUUCUAAUUAUGUUGUAUUUAGAACAUGUGCAUGUAAAGUGGUCCAAAACCCCCAAUAUUUUGAACCAUUUUGUAUGCAUUUUAGUCUAAUCCAACAUUGAGAAAAUAUUUCGAUGAAAUAAUAUACUGUACAUAAUGAAGCAAUAGAUAAUAGGUUUUAAUAAUGAUAAUGCGCUGGUAGCAUACAAGUAGAUGUACUUGAAAUAAUAUAAAUGUAUUCCAUACAUGUUGUAAGUAUUUUUAAUUUUAGAAAUGUGUUGUAACAUGUUAAUAUUUAGUGAUAUAGUAGAACCUUUCAAGAGGAACACCUUUAUAAGUGGAACACCU